AUGAGAGACCGCCUCCAAGAGUUUAAACUGAGAGCUAAGGAACUACAGAUAGCUAGAGAAAACAACGGUGCAACUGUACAAGAAGAAGAGCAGGAGGAGUUUGAACAGCAGGCCAUUAUUUAUGAAAAAGAGCCCAUAACUGAAAGGCACUUGCAUGAAAUCCAGAAGCUUCAGAAUGAAAUUAAUAAUUUGGUGGAGGAAGUUCAUAAAUUCAGUCAACAACAAAAAAGCCUAGUAUCUUCAAUGAGAAGAUUCAGUAUUCUUAAAAAGGAAUCUAACAUAGCAAGAGAAAUAAAAAUUCAAGCAGAGCACAUACGAAAAUGUUUGGAUGACCUGUCAAAAACAGUGAAAAAAGCUGAAAAUGAACAUGGGCCAUCACGUGCCACAGUAAGAAUUCUAGCUUCCCAGCACUCUUUCUUAUCCCAGCGCUACCUAAAUGCUAUGCUCUCAUACAACGAUGCUAUAACUGCUAAGCAAGAGAAAUGCAGAACAUUUAUUGUCCGUCAGCUUGAAGUAGCUGGUAAAGAGGUAUCUGAAGAAGAAGUCAAUGACAUGCUCCAACAAGGAAAAUGGGAGAUUUUCAAUGAAAAUCUACUCACUGAAGUCAAAAUUACCAAAGCCCAGCUUUCAGAGAUUGAACAGCGACACAAAGAACUAGUCAAUCUGGAGAACCAGAUCAAAGACUUAAAGGAACUUUAUAUCCAGAUAUCAGUUCUGGUGGAAGAGCAAGGGGAGAUGAUCAACAACAUUGAAAUCAGUAUGAACAACACUCAAGAAUACACUCAAAUAUCUAAAGAAAAAUUUGGGCUUGCAGUCAAGUAUCGAAAAAGAAACCCUUGCAAAGCAGUAUGCUGCUGGUGUUGUCCAUGCUGCAAAUGA